AUGAAAUACGCUAUUAUCCUCCUAGUUGCUCUGGUCUUUCGCCAGUCCCAGGCACACUAUCUCACAGGUCGCUUGAUAUUUGACAACCACUGGACUGAUACUUGGGAAUAUGUUCGCAAGAUUAGCCCCUAUGAUGGACCCUUGAGCGAUCCAAACCUCGCCUUGGUGUAUCCCAAUACUGAUCCCGCUUCCCUCGAUUUGCGCUGUGGUCGCAACGCUACCAAAAACUGGUCUACAACAAAAACAGCAGUGCUGAAGGCAGGCGACAAGGUUGGAUUUGGAGCUGGAGCACCAACAAUAAGUUUGGAUAAAAUUGCACGCAUCUAUCACCCUGGAUUUGGCUCGGUGUGGAUGUCAAAGUCCCCCCAUGAUGAUGUCGACAGAUACGAAGGAGAUGGAGAUUGGUUCAAGAUAUUGCAAAUCGUAGGGCGCACAGAGCAGUCGCUUGACUUCGAGGAUCCAGGAAAUAAAAACCUAUACGACAGAUACAAGGCAAUGUGGGGAACAUUCAAUGUCCAGAGUUGGAACUUUACCAUACCUGCAACGACACCACCUGGGAAGUAUUUGCUUCGCUUUGAACACGUCUUCCCGAAUACAUAUGAUAGCCAAUUUUAUGUGAAUUGCGCUCAUAUAGAAGUCGUUAAUCCUGGCGUCGUCGGGACUCCCAGCCCUCUAGUCAAGAUCCCGGGGAUCUAUGAGCGGGGUCAGCCCGACGUUUAUUUUGAUCAUUAUAAUUCGUCUUUCAUCGAACAUCCUGAAGAUAUAUCUUGGUUCAUCCCCCCUCAGCCAAAUGUUUGGAAGGGUUGACUAAGAACGAUGUUUGAUAAAUAUUAUCACGGAAAGAUUCCCACUAUGAAGUCUGGCUCAAAUUUUGCGAUAACUGUUGCUCUGGUAAAGUAAUCAGCAAUUUUCUUGUUGCCAUGAAUGAUCUUGUUGAGGACAGUGUGUGUUGUCGAAGCGUUCCUCUUCAAGACACCAAAGCUUUUGACUAGAAAUGAUCUGGGG